GCGAAAAUCCCGGCGGGUAAAGUUAUCAGCAAAAUAUGACACGCAAACAGUAGAAGAAAAUACUUAUGCUCAGAGCAAGCUAAGCCUUUUUUUCGGACGGGAUGAGAGGGUGCUCUCCUGACAACUCUCCGAGAUAUCACAGUUACUAACAACAUACAUAAUUCUCUUCGGUGUCUCCUUUCAUUUUCUCAGGCUCCGUUCCUUGACACGGUACUCGGUGUGCAUCCACAACUCGGCCGCCGAUCGCACCCUGAAAGUGUUCCUCUUCCUGAUGACUCGUUGACAACGUCGUGUUCGCUUGAAGAGAUGCACCUCCAACUCGCUACAGAGCCGACCUCACGCUCUGAGAAUCCUCAAGAUCCCCAGGCAUCGUAUACUUCCAGUUCUAUCCAUUUGUUCAACUUACAACCAUCCGUUCGCCAAGACGAUGUCGCGAUUCUGGAGCCUUACACAUACCUCGUGCAGGCACCAGGAAAAGAUAUCCGAACCACGAUGAUAUUGGCUUUCAACAGCUGGCUCAAUGUCCCGGGCAGGAAGCUCCUUCUGAUUUCCAACGUGGUCAGUACGCUUCAUAAUGCCAGUCUUCUGAUUGACGACAUUGAAGACAGUUCAGAUUUGCGUAGAGGACGAACAGCUGCACACAUCAAAUACGGAAUACCUAAGACCAUAAACGCCGCCUGUUAUAUAUAUUUCCUUGCCUAUCAGGAACUACUGGAGAUACUAAAUUAUCCGAACACGGAUAAUCCGAUGAAUAGCUCUCCUGCACACUCCGACAACAUUAUUCAUCACCCCCAGCAUAGUCAGCAGCGGAUUUACUCUGAUCGAGAUCUACCUGGGAUUGUGACGGACGAGCUGCUUGAUCUUCAUCGUGGCCAAGGGAUGGAAAUGAUAUGGCGGGACUCUCUUCAAUGCCCAACCGAAGCGGAGUAUCUUGUUAUGAUCAGUAAUAAGACUGGCGGUCUCUUUAGACUCGCGAUCAAGCUGUCGAUGGCGUACUCUACCACCAACGUAAACGUGGAUUAUAUUCCCCUGGUCAACCUGUUGGGCGAGUACUUUCAAGUUCGCGAUGAUUACAUGAAUCUAGACAGUUCCAAGUACACCGAGAGCAAAGGCUUCGCUGAGGAUUUGACGGAGGGAAAAUUCUCGCACCCCAUCAUUCACGGCAUUUGCGCGGAUGAGUCGGACAGAACACUCAUCGAUAUCCUUGAGCAACGGCCUACAAGUCCAACACUAAAAGUGCAGGCCAUCACCUACCUCAAGUUGCAAACCAAGUCAUUCGAAUAUACGCACGGAGUUCUGCGGAAGUUGGAAAGUGAAAUUAUGACCACCAUAGAACAGCUUGGAGGAAACGAACGCCUGAGUACCCUGCUAGAAUCUCUUCGAGUUCCUUCCCUGAAUGAUUGAAGCAGACAUCGUGUUGUUCGCCUUAGCUUCAUGUGCGUGAAAUACAACUUGAAGAACAUUACC